AGGUGCGUCAUCAGAAGUCGUGCAAGCGAGGUGAUUUUAUGAUUACUAUUCAACGGCAAGUCUCACACUAGGGAACCUGGCAUCAGCAAUGCAAGUCUCCGCACGCAUGCAAGGGUUUCUUGAUAUACGAUUUAUGUGAUUGGGGCGUUUACUCUAGAUUAAAAAAAAAAAAGAUCUGGACGAGCGCCGCAAACAUGAUACGGGGGGGUUCGAUGUUUUUUCUCGACGGAUGGAGUCUGUUCAUCGGCAACAGCUGCAGUACACAACUGGUGAGAGUCGGCGUUUCACCGACGGGCCCCAAGGAGGCUUUCUUGGCCGGCUUUUCUGCACGGCAAGGUUCUAUCGCCCAAGUCUAAUCAUGUCGGACCCAUCCUCACCUGGUCCGAUAUCUUGGGGGAUUCUCUUUUUCUUCUUGUUUCUUUCUUUCCUGCUUUUGGUUGUCGGGCUUAGGUCAAAAUGUCAUUGACAUAUGCCUCCUCCUCCUCCUCCCGCCUGGGCAGUGCAGUCUUUUUGUGUCAGCCAAGUAUCACAAUGGCCACUUUCAAGGUCGACAUAUACUCUGACACGGCAUGUCCUUGGUGUUAUGUGGGUAACAAGUCGUUGGAAUCAGCCAUUGCCGACUUCACCGGCCAACACCCAGAAGCAUCGUUUGAGCUAGUCUGGCACCCAUUCUUUGUGUUUCCAAACGUCAAGGGAUCAACGUACACAUACCGGGAGAUCUACACCAGGGCCCACGGACCGGCCCGUGCGGCUGAUUUCUUUCGACGUCUCGAGGUCGCAGGCGCCCCGCUGGGCAUCUCGUUUGACUGGCACGGCAGGACGGGCGACAUGGCUGCGUCCCACAAGCUACUCCUCUGGGCCUCGGAGAUGAGUAGCGGCAGCGGCCACCAGGACGGCGCCGCAUCGCUAGGGCUGGAGGAGGAUCUGUACCCGUCGCCGCCCGGGUCACCAAGAGUAGCAGCAAUUGACGACGACGACGGCCGCCGGACGCCGCUGAGGAGGCUGAUCAUGGCCCUCUACUCCGGCGUGUUUGAGCAGGGCCGCAACAUAUCAGACAGGGGGUUCCUCGCUUCAGCAGCCGUGGACGCGGGCCUCGCGAGGGACCAGGGGCAGGCGCUCCGGUGGCUGGAUGCUGCCGAGGCGAACGACAUACUGGCGGAGCGCACGGCGGCGAUCCCGGACGAGAUCUCGGCGGUGCCGUGCUUUGUAGUUCAGGACAAGUUCCAGGUGGGAGGGGCGCAGCCGCCCGAUGUGUUUUUACAGGUCUUCGAGAGGAUACAACGUGAACACAUGUCUUCGUUGGUGGGGUCAUGAUGGGAGGAAAGGACAGCGAAAAGUAAAAGCUCUCCUAUUUCCCCCAAAAGCGACCAUAGACGUCAUUAGUUAGCGUUACAUGCGAAGCGACAUUUGAGCAAGAAAAUGGUAUUCAAGCACAAAGUACAGAGCCUCGGUAUAGACACGAAUUGUUGCAUUAUAGUCCUUUGAGGGUAUCUAGUUUUUGAUAAAAAAGGGGAAAAAAAGAAGAAAAAAAAAACAGAACGCUUCAAAUGCAAUCACCCAAACCCAACCCAG